AUGGGCAACCUUACCUAUUCUUCCAUCUUGCUUGCCUUGGCAGCGACGGUAGCUGCUCACGGCCACGUGGAUUGGCUCGUGGCUGAUGGCGUUGCCUACCGCGGCUGGGACUCCCCGGCUUUCACCUAUUCGCCUCCCAAGGACCCUGUCGUUGGCUGGAAGAUCGACGCCCCUGACAAUGGCUUCGUCGAGCCCGUCAACUUUGGUGGCCCAGACAUCAUUUGCCAUAGAUCUGCCACCCCGGCUGGCGGUCAUGCUACUGUUGCCGCAGGAGCCAAGAUCCAGCUCAUUUGGAACACAUGGCCUGAGUCUCACAAGGGCCCUGUCAUCGACUAUCUUGCGAAAUGCAAUGGCAACUGCGAGACUGUGGACAAGACCUCGCUGAACUUCUUCAAGAUCAGUGCCGAAGGUCUCAUCGACAUGUCUCUCCAGAAUGGCAAAUGGGCGGACGACGUUCUGAUGGCCAACAACUUCACCUGGACUGUCCAGAUCCCCUCGAAUCUGGCCCCUGGAAACUACGUCCUUCGUCACGAGAUGAUUGCCCUGCACUCUGGUGGCAACCCCAACGGCGCCCAGGCCUAUCCUCAGUGCUUCAACCUUCAAGUUACCGGUGGCGGCUCCCUUGCGCCUGCUGGUGUAAAGGGUACGGCUUUGUACAAGGAUACUGACCCCGGCGUUCUCUUCAACCUUUACACAAGCCCUCUUGUGUACCCUAUCCCAGGCCCGACUCUGGUGGCUGGGCUCCCCUCUACCGUUGCCCAGAGCACUGCUCGCCCAACAGCGACUUCAAGUGCGACCACCCCUGGAGGCGGCAACACUGGUGUUGCCACCACGCUUAAGACAUCCACUGGCCCGGCUCCGGCCACCUCCACUCCUGCGCCGCCCGCUACCACCACUCCUGGUGGCAGCACUGGCACCGCACCGAAGUGGGGUCAGUGCGGCGGUCAGGGGUGGUCUGGCCCGACGACCUGCGUUGCAGGAUCGACUUGCCAGGUCCUGAACCCAUUCUACUCGCAAUGUGUGUAA